UGCGCCUGUCACACUCAUUCAGUUCCUCUGUAACUCAAACCUAUGCGUGUGCUUGUCGGUGGCUGUAUGGUAAUUUGAGGAGACUUGCAAGCCAUCCCUCCGAAGAGAAUCAGAAUGAUAAGAUGAACUGACGGGAGAGGUUGUGACACUUGUCUGAUUGUGCUUGUUUUAGUAUUGUGUCUGUGUUAAAGAUGCCAAAGUCUUUUUUAUUUACCAACAAGAGAUUUACAGCUUACAAACAACAAUAUGGAAGUGGGACAAAUGACAACUCUUUUGAAGGAGUAUUGCCACAGGAAUCAACCCAUACCACUAACCAGAAUGAGACUGUUAGCAUAAUUAACGAAGAACACAGGGUCGUGAAUUUACCACUGUUACAGACAGACGAGACAUGGGAAACAUCAAGCUACAAUAGUGAUGCUAAUUCGAAUACAGUCAGAACAGAGGUCACGAGGAAAGAGUAUACUUUACCAAUUAUUAAGCAAAAAGAAAGAUUUCGUACUUUUGAGACAACUCAGUUCAGCUCCACACCACGCCAGGCGCACUAUUCUUUCGAAACAAAUGGCGACACAUAUGAAAACAGACUGGAUGGUAAGCACCAAAGUACUAUUUCAGAAAACUUGUUCAAACAAACAAAACAAUACGAUGUCUCUGAUGGUGAAAGUGAUAGUGGGAUAUCAUUGAUCAGCGAAGAUAGCCGUCACGAAUAUUCACCAAAAUCUGAUUACGCGUACCACUGCUCGGAACACCUUUCGCUUUUAUUUGACUUCUUUAGUCCAAGAAAACCAGUUGUUCGUGAAACAGUUGUUGAAGAACAUCAAGAAGUUCGAAGAGCAUUGGACUUUAGUAUGUCAAACUAUCAAUCUUCAACAUUGAGAAAUACAGAAUCCCAAGAUGAAAAAGCACAAUUUAUUGAGACAGAAGAAAUGUUUGCCUGCGCGGAUUGCGGAAAACGUUACAGUACAUCGAGCAAUCUUGCGCGACAUCGCCAAACACAUCGUAGUUCUGCCGACAAGAAAGCUCGACAAUGCCCACACUGUGACAAGGUUUACGUGUCUAUGCCAGCUUUUAGCAUGCAUGUCCGAACACACAAUCAAGGUUGCGAAUGUCCAUAUUGUGGGAAGAAGUUUAGUCGACCAUGGUUGCUGCAGGGUCAUAUUCGUACUCAUACGGGCGAGAAACCCUUUUCCUGUCCACAGUGCUCCAAAUGUUUCGCCGACAAGUCUAAUUUGCGUGCACAUGUGCAGACACAUUCAACAGAAAAGCCUUACGAGUGUGGGCGAUGUGGGAAGGCUUUUGCUCUAAAGAGUUACUUGUAUAAGCACGAAGAGUCGUCUUGUAUGCGUGGACAGAGAAGUGUACACAAAAGAACAAGGAAAGGAAUCGCGCUACAAGAACCAACAAAAAUCAUGUUUGUAGAUGAACACGAAAGAAACUCUUGGUAAAAUGAUGAUUACAAUAGCAGGCGACACCAGUAAUAAUUUGAGGACCAAUUUAAUAUUAUAUUUUCUUCUAUUUUUCUAUUCCGUAAAAAUGAACAACCAGACAGAAACAUUCCACUCAUUUUAAAAUACAUUUUUGUAAGCGACUUUCAUCUUUCCUUUUAACUACAUGUUUAAUUAUUUUAAUACGUAUAACUUGUUUUAGAAGGAUGCGACGGCGAGAAGUUCCGACAUUCCUCUGUCGCAGCACGUGUAUUUUUAUUGAAGUAGGAAAAAUUUAUCAUUUCAUCACUAGCUCAUACAUUUUAAUAUGCAAAGCACAUUUAAAAUAGGAUUAAUCCUGUCUUUAAAAGGCACUAUCAUAAUGUCAUUUUAGGUAUUUUUAUACAAAAGAGUCAAACUCUUUGAUUUUUUCUUGUAAAAGUGUGUGUUUUGUCCUGUGUGUAUUUGACAAAAAUCUGACGAUUUACUUUAACUUCUUUGUCUUUUAAAAAUGUGUGUGUUUCAAGUGUUUAUAAUGUUAUUAAGAUUUGAGAAAAGGUUCAUCAAGCAAAACAUGAUGUGAACUAUAUAUGUACAACCAAGAAAAAACGUGAAAAAAACACAUUGUAUGACAUUAUUUUACAGCAGCUAGAGUUUAUAAUUUAAUUUACUUAUUAAUUAUUUGUUUGUAUUUGUUCUUUUUAUUUUGAUUAUUUAUUUAUUUAUUUAUUUAUUGAGGUGUGUGUAGUUUUUUGUGGUUAUACGUUAUUUAUUGCAUGGAAGUGCUAAUGGCAGUACAGAAUAUGAUCUGCAGACUGGGCACAUUAAAAUAAGUGCUGAAACGUUUUUUGAACAUUAAAUCAGAACUUAAAAGCGUCAUUUUUUAAAUUUGUGUUAUUUAUUUAUUUAUUUAUUGUAUGUUGUUUGCAGUGUUGUUCUCGGUUUUAUCGGCAAGUAUUUAUUAUUUUUAUAUACUAUUUUUGCCAAUAAUUUUGAAUUUUUAUAUUUUUAUAAAAUAUGGUAUUUUUACUGUCAUUUUAAAACGUUCUCUCAACAACUGUUGACAGAUCAUCAUUAAAUUUUUUCUCAUGAAAUUCAUUUCAUUUUUACCAUAUUAUACAUUUUUUAGGGCAAUUUUAAUAUGAUUUUUUUGUAAAUAAGGAUUUCAUAAUUUUGUAGGUGUAGGAGAGAGUGUAGGAAAAUAAAUAGUCUAAUUGCUGCAUAAUAGCACAGAACAUAUAUUUUUUUAAGAUUUCCUGACGAUUUCAGAUAAUAUAUUUUUUUCAACAUUUGAUUAUCAGAACUUUUCAAAUUUUUAUAAAAGAUUCAAAACUUUUUAUAUUUGGUAUGUUUGUACUACUGGGUAAUUGUCUUAUUGACGUUUAACCCUGUAUUUGUUUUAUUCAUAUUUAUAUUUUUUUCUAUAAUGUAAUUAAAAAGAAAUAUAUUACAACACCAUGGAGCUAAAAGCAAAGAUUGAAAUUUAUUGGUUAUAUUUAUAUAGUUUGACAUUGCUUCAAUAAAAAAUUGAUCAAC